AUGGGUAACGAUGUAGUAUGUGAAAUAGCAUGCAUUGGUUCACCCCGUAUUCAUUGUCAUGAUGGCAUCAUAAGAACAUUGUCUAAUAUUCGACAUGUUCCUGAUAUGAAAAAGAAUCUGAUCUCUCUUGGUACUCCUGAUAAGCUUGAAUAUAAGCAUACCGGUGACGGUGGAAUCUGCAAGGUGAUCAAGCGUUCUCUGGUCAUGUUAAAGGACAAAAUGGAGGGUGGUCUUUAUGUACUUAUGGGCAGCACCAUUCUAGGUUCCAUCCAAGAGUGGAAAGAGUGUGACAGAAAGAUUAAGUGUCUUCGAACAGAUAAUGGCUUGGAGUUUUGCAAUAAAGAGUUUGACAAUUUCUGCAAGAUUCAUGGUGUAUUGAGACAUAGAACUAUUAGGCAUACACCACAACAGAAUGGAGUAGCUGAAAGGAUGAACCGCACUCUUCUUGAGAAAGCACGAUGUAUGCUCUCUAAUGCCAAGGUGCCUAAGGAGUUUUGGGCGGAAGCAGUAAAUAUUAUUUGUUAUGUUGUUAAUCAUUUUCCAGCGUCGGCGAUUGACUUCAAAACUCCAAAGGAGAAAGUUCUUACAACAGAAACGGUGGAGGAAAAAGUGAAACUCACUGAGCAGGAGGAUCAAGUGACUCAGGAGAAAAUAAAGGAUCUGGAACUCUCAAACUAUACAGAAGCUACUAUGUGUGGUGAAGCUGAUCAAUGGCAUUUAUCCAUGACCGAAGAGAUGGAGUCUAUGCACAAGAACCAGAUAUGGAAUUUGAAGAUGCUAGAUACAAAGCGAGAAUGGUUGCUAAGGGCUUUUUUCAGAAGGAGGGAAUCGACUACAAUGAGAUUUUUCUCACCAGUCGUGAAGCAUAGCUCAAUUCGUUUGUUACUAGAUUUGGUUGCCCAUGAUGACUUGAAGCUUCAUCAGCUUGAUGUCAAGACUGCAUUCUUACAUGGUGAACUUGAAGAGGCGAUCUUUAUGAAUCGGCCGAAGGUUUCAUUAUUGAAGGAAAAAGGACCGAGUUUGUCAAUUGAAGAAAUCUUUUUAUGUAUGACAGAGAUAAAUGAUUUGAAGAAACUGCUAAGUAAGGAGUUUGAAAUGGAAGAUUUAGGUGAAGCAAAGAAAAUCCUUGGAAUGGAGAUUCACAGGAAGAAUGGUGAGGUACAUCUCUCACAGAAAGAGUAUAUUGAGAAGGUCGUUCAGAGGAGUUCGCAUCAACUGAUGCGUCAGGAUGGAGAAUGGCAGGGCAAGGUAGGGCUACUAGUAUGUACAAUGUUUCCGUUAGUGUCUCUUAUUUCCUACACGGAGUUAGCUCACGUAGUCUUAGAAACAUUGGACUGA